AUGGCUCGCCCUUUGGCGUCAGCGUUUCCCUGGGAAUGUCGGGACAAGGAGGACCAGGCCCAGGUAUCAUACAACCAUCCCCUCAGGCGUAGAAACCAGUUUCUCGUCGAAGAGAAUAUGCGACUCAAAAAGCUACUUCGACAAAACAGCAUAUCGUGGUCUCCUGUGGCUCAGGCACAUUUAGUGCAGCAGAACCCUUCUCUUCGACGGCGGACUCGGGCUUCCGUGUCUGCACACAAGCUUGGCUGCCCUAGGUUGCCGACUGAAGUUAUCCUCAGAAUCUUGAAAUUCGCCAUGCAAAGUGCUCAUCCCAUCAUCGACCCUUUGUCUAGACUAUCUCAGGAGAAUCUCUCCGAUAAAGAAAAGUCGCAUGGCAAUCAGAUUGCCAUACAUUUUCUAGCCACAUGCAAGGCUCUUCAUGUCGAAGGAACUCGAUAUCUUUGGGAGUCUAAUGACUUCACUUUCACGACACCCGAAGCAUUACGCAACUUCUCUGAACUAAGUGCCCAUUACCGGAACAAAAUCACGCACUUGAAUCUGCGAAUUAUCGCUCGAUACUACGACGACCAACGCCGGAAGCAUCGGCUCGAACGAGGUUAUCAUCCUGACCUCAAGAGAGAUCAGUUGCUGAAGGUGCGACUGCGGCCGAAGGAGCCACCACUGAUUCGAGGCGGAUUUCGGUGCUAUACCUGGACACAGAUUGCGGACUUCUUGAUGGCUCUCCGUGCACCAUAUGACCCCAACCACGAAGACAGGAAGAGUCCGCGACCUCGUCUGCUUCCGGGCCUACUGACUUUGCGACUGGAUCUCGUUAAUUUUUCGGAAACACUGCUUCCAUUUUCGGGAUCAGAAUUACAUGAGGUCGCCUCCCAUGAGCUGGGAUGUACCCUGAACGAGUUGCAGGUAACGGGCAUGCCUUUUGAUGAUGCCGGAUUGAAGGCCUCAGCCGAAUUAAGCGGCAUGCUGAAGGAUGAGGGUUUGUACUUGGAUGCGUCGCCAUCCUUCAUUGCCCACACAAAAUACCUGCAACCUCUAUCCGGGAAACGGUGGUGUGCCAGGGUAGUAAGGGCGCACAAGGGCAAAGGGUCCGAUGAAGACUCUGAUGGCUUUGAUGAUGGAGAUGACGAAAUUGAGGGUCUUGUCCAUCAUAACAGGCAUUUCCACCCGACGCUCGGUACAAUGCCACCUGCUCCUGCCGAAGAAGGCCAUCCAACUUCAUCACGAGACCCGGAAAAGGUAAUUUGGAAACGAGUCCCCACAGACCGCGAUGGCAACGGUCGAUGUUGGGUUCAGUUUUCGCGGCUUAGCGGAUACGAGAUCAGCGAAGCGGACUGGGAAACUGAUGAUGAGGGAAACUGUCCCUGCUGUGGCGCGGAUCAUCCUGGUUCUUCCUUUCUAAGCUUUAUGAUGGACCAAGACGAUGAUGACGACGAUGAACUUAUGGACUUUGAGUGA